CCGAAGUAUAAGGGCAUGCCAGAGGCACGGCAGUCACUGGCCAGCAGCGGUACAGCACGAGAUACCUCGAGCAAGAUGGCGUUGUAUUACGUGCCAGCGGUGAUGGCGAUGGCGGCGCUGGGCCUCGCCUCACGGGUGGAGGGCCCAGGGAAUCGCCCUAUCACCCCAGGGUGGCCCUGCCCUAUCCAGUCCCAAAUCGCACCCUGCACAUGCUUCAUGGACACUGUGUACAGGCUGUUUAUGGACUGCUCCUUAGCAAAUAGCGAAGAGGAACUGGAGAGAAUAUUUAGCUCCAUUUUUCCCUUCAAAGACUUCUACGAGCUCAGGAUUGAACACAAUCCCGAAGACGCAGACAACGUCAUUGACAAGAUCACCGCGGACACGUUCGCGGACCUCACGUUUAAACGAAUCAUCAUUACAGGGACUCGGCUACAGAACAUCAUCGAUGAGGCCUUCGCUGACUCGCACAAGACGCUCAGCUACCUCGAUCUGUCCUCCAACCUCCUGCACACCUUCCCCUUUGAAUCCCUUUCGCUGUACGAAAAUCUGGCCACUUUCAUUCUCGACGAUAACCAGUUUCCUGAUCUGUUCGACAUCGAGUCACUGUCCCUUCAGAUAUUUAGUGCCAGUGGGAACCACAACAUGAGGAUGAACAGUCCCAAACCAUUCCAAGGUGCGCCCUCCCUCCGUGAACUGUACCUGUCUGAGAUCGGCCUCACCACACUUCGGACGGGCCUCUUCAACAGCCUCACCCAGAUGGAAGUGGUUGACUUCUCAAAGAACCACUUGACAAGACUCGAACAGGAUGCCAUCAGAGUUGAUGGAUUUACACUCAAACAUGUCAUCUUCGAUGACAAUCAGAUCUUCAAUAUCAGCCAUGACUCGCUUAUAGGAUUCAGGGAAAACGCGACACUGUCCAUGGUGGCGAACAAUGUCGUUAAACUCUUUGAGUAUGAUUGGAAGCACAUCUUCGAACAGAUCACGUGGCGGGAGACCAUCGACCUCAAAGGCAACAACUUGCUGUGUGGCUGCGAUAUGGACUGGCUCUUUAUGCAGUACAAGGAAGAGUACCUCUGCCGCCUCACCGACACCACCCGCUGCAGCAGUUCCGGCAACGAGCAGGUCAUCUUCAUUGAUGUCGAUACUUACUGUCAGCAGUGUGCUGAAUCCUUCCUUAGCUGCCCGCCGCAAACAGACUGCAAAAACCCGGUGACUCUUCCUUACCAUUACUAGCGAUUAUCUGUCUGUGCCGAAUAUUAAUUUAGUGCUGGCCGGGACAUCUGUGAGAGUAAUUUGUCGUUAGUGGCGAGGCCAGGACUGAUAUCCCGGAAGCCAGGUGUAAUGCUGCUUGAUUGUGAUCAUCAGUACAGAGCGACCUGAUCGGUACUAACUUACUGUUUGUAGUCAUUGCUGUAUACAACUAUCCGUGUUCCUUUUUAUUAUACAUUUUCUAAUUUCCCUAGCUAACCUUUUGCAUCUGAUUCAGUUGUACAGUUGCUUACAUGCCUGUGCCAAGAUGCCGUGCAGGCGAUGCUUCUCCCAUUGUUUCCUGCCACCUCUUCCUCAUGCUCGUACCCUUGCAGUCGUCUUAUGUCUUAUUCUCGCACCUUGUAAUAGCGGCGCCACAACACAUUGCCGCCUUUGUAUGUUAUUUCUAUCUCACCGCUUGAUUCUCGAAACAGCAAUAAAGUUGAAAUGUUG